UCAUUGUUGCUUAAAGUCUUUGUAUUACAUCAUCAUUUGAUGCUUUUGUCCUGGAAGCACGAACUUUUGCUUCCUCUCCUCAGCACACUUUGUUUCAACCAUCAGGGAUCUCUUGUUUAAUCCUCUGCUGCUGCCGAACCAAGCCAUGCCCAUCGCAGAGCUCUUUCUUGGCGCCUUUCUUCAGGUGCUGUUCGAGAGGUUGGCCUCUCGUGAGCUGCUCAACUUUGCGUGGCGUGAGGGGAUCGAUAAGGUGCUGAAGAAAUGGGAGAAGUUGCUGAUCAGUAUCAAUCAGGUGCUUGAUGAUGCAGAGGACAGGCAACUCACCGGCGAUCUCGGGGUGAAGUUGUGGCUCGAAGAUCUCAGGAACUUGGCCUACGAGAUCGAAGACUUGCUCGAUGAGUUCGCCACAGAAUCCGUGGAAAACAAGUCCAAGGUAGAAUCCGACACUAGCAAGGUGCGAUUCCUUCUUCCCCAUUGUUGCUUCAGAAUAAGCCCGAGAGCAUUUAUGUUCAACCACAAAAUAAGAUCCAAGGUAGAAGAGAUGGAUGGCAGAUUACAGGAGCUCAUAAUCCGGAAAGAUAGUCUAAGCUUGAGAGAGAAUAACGGGAAGCGAUCGGCAUACAGCCAACUAGAUAAGCCACUUCCCACUACGUAUUUACCCGAGCCUUGUUUCGUUAGUAGGGAGAUUGAAAAAAUGGAGAUUCUCAAAUUAUUGACCGGAGAAGAUGCGGAUCUAAAAGUGAUUCCCAUCGUAGGGAUGGCGGGUGUUGGGAAGACGGCUCUGGCUCAGCAAAUCUACAAUGAUGCUAGGGUCACUGGACAUUUCGAUGUGAAAGCAUGGGCUUGUGUUUCCGAUGAUUUUGACGUGCUUGCUAUUACAAAGAGUAUCCUAGAGACAACCCAUGUCCAUUUGUCUUGUGAAGGUAAGGACCUGAAUUGGCUUCAAGAUAAGCUCAAGGAAAACCUUUCAGGGAAGAAGUUUCUUGUCGUGUUGGAUGAUGUUUGGAACGAGAAAUAUGGAAACUGGACUAUCCUCUUGAAGCCUUUUCAAUCGGGAGCGAAGGGAAGCAAGAUCAUCCUCACGACUCGUAACCUCCAUGUUGCUUCAAUAGCCGGUGCUCCAGCGAAAACUCUCAAAGAGUUAUCACUAGAUGCUUGUAUGACUUUGUUUGCAUUUCAUGCUCUAGGAGUCAAAAAUUUUGAUCAUCAUCCUGAUCUUGAAGUAUUAGGUCGAAAAAUAAUGGAAAAAUGCAAAGGGUUGCCAUUAGCUGUGAAGACAUUGGCCGGGCUGCUACGCACUGAAGUCUAUUCCCACAAAUGGGAAGCUACGUUGAAUAGCAAAAUUUGGGACCUACCAGAUGAAAGAAAUGAGAUCCUUCCGGCUUUGAAACUCAGUUAUCUCCAUCUCCCUUCCAAUUUGAGGAGAUGUUUUGCUUACUGUGCUAUAUUUCCUAAGGACUAUGAAAUUGAACGGGACGAGUUGAUUCGCUGGUGGAUUGCAGAGGGCUUGGUGAAGGGAAAAAAAGGAAAGAACUGUUGGAAUACAGGUUUGAAUUAUUUCAACGAGCUAGUAGCUAGAUCGUUUUUUCAUAAGUCGAGUGGCGAUGGAUCACGAUUCUUGAUGCAUGAUCUUGUGAAUGACUUGGCAAAGCUAGUUGCAGGUGCAACCUGCUUUAGCCUAGGGGAGUUUGAGUUCGAGGGUGAUCAAAACAAUGCAUCUUUAGCUCGCCAUGCCUCAUUCAUUUCCAGCAAUCACAUUUUGCCAGAAAGAUUCAAGAUAUAUCAUGGAAUGAAGGGAAUUAGGAGUUUCAUAUCUUUAGUGAAGCAAUCUAGGCAUUAUUAUAGAUCCUUUUUGUCCCAGACUGUGCUAUGCGAUUUGUUGUCGGGAUUGAAGUACUUGAGGGUGCUUUCAUUAAGUCACUAUGGCAUCAGUGAGGUACCGGAUUGCAUUGGUAAACUAAGGCACCUAAGGUAUCUUAAUCUGUCGUAUACUGAUAUUGAAACACUUCCAAAGUCAAUUGUUGCAUUGUACAAUCUAGAGGCUUUGAUUUUGCAGGGCUGUCACAGCCUUAUCAAAUUACCUGAAGAUAUGGAGAAACUAAUCAAUCUAAUAUUUCUCGACAUUACCGACACUUGGAGCCUAAGAGUGAUGUCGCUAUAUAUAGGUAAUUUAGUGGGUCUUGAGAUGUUGUCCAUGUUUGCAGUGGGAACGGAAAAUAGGUUGAGGUUGAAGGAGUUAAAAAACCUGAAGAACCUUAAAGGGGAAUUGUGCAUCUCUGAUUUGCAUAAGGUUCCAGAAGCUGGGGAUGCCAAGGAUGCCAAUUUAUGCACAAAGGAGGGGCUACGCCAGUUGACAAUGAGAUGGGAUGAAGAUUUUGAAAAUUUUCGAAAUGAAGAGCUUGAAGCAGGGGUCAUUGACUUUCUUCGCCCUCAUCGAAACCUUGAAAAUCUUGCGAUAUCCUACUAUGGUGGCCUAGAAUUUCCGUCAUGGCUAGGAAGCCCCUCACAUUUUAACAUAGUGCAUUUAUGUUUACACGGGUGCCGUAGGGCCAAAGCAUUACCAUCACUUGGGCAACUAUCUUCGUUGAAAGAACUAUACAUUGAAGGUCUAAAUGCAAUAUGCACGAUAGGGUCUGAAUUUUAUGGAACAAAAAGUCCCUUUCUGUCCUUAAUAACUUUGGAAUUCAAGGACAUGCCAUUAUGGGAGGACUGGUCUCAUUGCGUCGGCACUAAAGAAGUAGGAGUUGUUUUCCCUCGUCUUAAGCAUCUCGUUGUUCGGGAUUGUCCUUUGUUGAUUGGAAGAUUACCUGGUCAACUAAGCUCCCUCGUGAAGCUCGAAAUCAACUCAUGUCCAAGUAUGAAUGCCUCGCCCCCUAGCAUUAGCCUUCCAUCUCUCAAUGAAUUGAACAUUGGAGGUUGUAAUGAGAGGGUACUGAAUAGUUUGGUAAAUCUAACCUCUCUAACCACUCUUAUCAUACAAGAUGUUGCUGAGCUAACUUGCUUAAAUUAUGGGUUUGCAAGUUUCUUUAUCAAGCUGGAGAAGUUGGAGAUGAAAAGUUGUGAAAAGUUAAAAUACUUGUGGCAAGACAAAGAUGUAAUUCAAAAUCUCACUUCUCUGAAGAGCUUACUCGUCAAAAGUUGUCCCGAAUUCAAACUUUUUGUGGCUCAAGAAGGAGAUAUAGACCUGCCCGGCAACCUCGAGACUAUCGACUUGAGAAAUUGCUUCAAUUUAGAUAAGCUUCCAAGCAAGAUGCACGCCCUUGCCUCUCUUAGAGGCUUAACUAUCUCUAGCUGUCCAAAACUCAUGUCAUUCCCCAAAAGAGGUAUACCAACAUCAGUAGUAUCAUUAACUAUCAGAGACUGCGAGAUGUUGCAAUCUUUACCCAUAGGAUUAAGUAUUGAUCUGGAUGAACCAAGCAGCACCAGCAAUAACCACAGUGACAUGACAUCAUGUCUGCAAGAAUUAAGAAUCUACUUAUGCGAUUCUCUACCGGCCUCUCCAUUUAGUGAUGGUAGAUAUUUACCUGCGACUCUCAAGACACUCAAAAUUUGGAACUGUAAGGGAGUGGAGUCGCUUGCGGAGAUAAAUCUAGACAGUCUUCAGUCGCUUGAAGAGAUUAUCAUUCAGAAUUGCGAGGAUCUGAGAAGCUUACCCCAAUGCCUGCACACACUGUCCCAUCUCACAUUCUUGUUAUUGGCCCAAUGUCCUACUUUGGAGCUAGAAUGCUUCCCUCCUCUUCCUCUCGGCAUCUCGAGCUUUUGUCUUUAUGGGUGUCCGAAGAUAAAAUCGUUGCCUAAUCAGUUGCAUCGACUUAUAUAUCUCCGUCAUUUGGAAAUUUUAGAUUGUGAGAGUAUAACGUGUUUCCCCCAUGGAGGACUGCCGCCCCAGCUACAGAGACUUGAGGUAAGGGGAUGCAAGAAUAUGAAGCAACCGGUGAGUGAGUGGCUUACCCCACUCACCUCCCUUCAAUAUUUGUCGAUUGACGGCAGCGCUGGAGGAGUGGGAGAGGUGGAGGAUCUUCUGCUUCCGCUCCCUUCCUCUUUGAUCCAUCUCCGUAUAUGUGAUAUGCAGAACACGGAAAGACUGUCCAGCAGUCUCCCGCCCUCUCUCCGGACCUUAGAGAUCCAACGAUGUCCGAAGCUGAGGGACUUGCCCCAGGAUGGCCUCCCUCCCUCCCUAGCACAACUCUUGAUUGAACGAUGUGGGAUUCUCAAGGAGCGAUGCUCAAAACUGACUGGUGCCUAUUGGCACCACGUCCACGAAAUCCCGGAAGUUAGAUUGACGGGUUUCAAAUCUGAGUCAGUUUCCUGAAAGAGAUUUCUUUUAUUUUGGACCAAUUGUGCAGCGUGCUCUUGAAUUACGGUCUAAAGAACUUGCAAGUGUUUUGAAGCAAAUAAAUUUGUGGUAAAAUUUGCAAUU